CAAACCAACGGGAGGGACAUGUUUGUAGUUCGUAACGCCGGGAAUGUCAUCCCUCACUCCCAACACUUCUGGGACGAGCUCACCACCAACGAACCCGCAGCUAUGGAACUAGGGUGUGUGGUCAACGACAUCCGGCACAUCGUAGUGUGCGGCCACAGCGACUGCAAAGCCAUCAAUCUCUUAUACCAACUCCAAGACAGCGAAUUUGCCUCUCAAGAUAACCGGCGGAUUUCGCCGCUUCGCGCCUGGCUGUGCACCCACGCCCUGAACAGUCUGGAGAAGUUCCAGCAGCUGGCAGCCACCGACUACUCCAAGCCUUUGAUUUUUCAGGCUGAGACGCCUAUGAGGAAGUUCGUGGCGUACAUUGAUCCGGAGAACAAAUUCACGCUGGAGGACAAGUUGUCGCAGAUUAAUACGUUGCAGCAGUUGCAGAAUAUAGCGAGUUACGGGUUUUUGAAGAAGAGGCUGGAGACGCACCAGCUGCAUAUUCAUGCGUUGUGGUUCGAUAUUUAUACGGGGGAGAUUUAUUGUUUUAGUCGCGGGGCGAAGAGGUUUGUGGUUGUUGAUGAGGAUAAUUUUGAUAAGUUGUUGGAUGAGGUGGAGAAAUAUUAUUCGUGAUGGGGUGGGUUAAGGUUUAAUGGUGAUUUUUUAUGUAUUUU